AUGCCGCUGCAGCUGGCCUCCAUCAGGAUUGAAGGCGCUUCUCUUCUCCGACGAUCUUUCCUCGAAAGUCUCUGCUCCCCGUACUUGCUUCCUCGAGCAUCAAGCUCGAGCGCUGUGGGACUGACGGCGGCUUUGGGCUUGAUAGCGGUGGCGCAGAGCCUCUCGGCGGACCUCACGGCCAUGGACGUCUUCGACAAGGUUGACGUGACUUUGCAACCGGCAAAGGAUGUGCCAAAGGAUGCGGAUAAGCGAGCACAGCAGGAACUCAGCGACGUGGUAUUGACGCUGAAGAAUCGGAGCAGGCUUUUGCUCAAGAGCUCUACGGAUGUGGGCGAUGGGGAGGGGAGCGCGUCGGUGCAGGCUCGCGUGCGCAACGUGUUUGGAGGAGCAGAGGUUUUCAAUGGAAGCGCUACCAUUGGCACUCGCACUCGUAAAGCUUUCAAUGUCUCUCUUACAGCUCCAAUAUUGGCCAAUCCAGAUCACAUAUUCUCGCUAGGCGCAUAUGCCCUGGAUAGAGAUUGCACGGCUUGGUGGGCCGCUUACGAAGGCCUUCGGGGAGCUCGAGCUAGCAUUCUGUCGAGCACUGCUCAAGGCAUAUCUCACGAGUUCGCGCUGCAAGCGGAUUGGCGACAUAUCGGUAGACUUAGACCUUUCGCUUCUAGAUCCAUUCGACGUCUGGCCGGUCAUUCGCUCAAGUGCUCGGUGCAGCACACGUACAUGAGGGAUACAAGGGACGACCCAUUGUUCCAGGCUACAACGGGCAGCUUGACUAAGGUGGUGAACGAGGUAUCUGGCUUCGGAUCUGAUGUGCAUCACUGGAAGGCAGAGCUGGAGGCCUCGAGAGCGAGGACGCUUGGGCAUGGCUACGCCUGGUCGUUAGGCGCUUCGGCCGGACUGCUGAAGACAUUGGACGCGAGGCCGAGCCAUUUGAGCGAUCGUUUCCAGCUCGGAGGCCCUCUCAGCGUGCGGAUGUUCCGCUUCAACAGUCUUGGUCCUAAAGACGGAGGUGACUCGCUAGGCGGAGAUGCGUUCUGGUCGGCUGGGUGCAGCUUGUUUGCGCCUUUGCCCUUGCGGCCGCACUGGCCGUUGAAGCUGCACGCAUUCUUUAAUGCUGGUCAAUUGACGCAGAUAGAUCAAACUAUUCCUCUUCAGCCACCAGCGUUGUCUCCCUUGCUUCAGCCGUCAGCGUCGGCUGGAGUUGGACUGAUGUUCUCUCAGGGACCUCUGCGAGUCGAACUCAAUGCUGGUCUGCCCCUGGCUGCUAGACGUGGAGAUGGAGCGAGAAAAGGGGUGCAAUUAGGUAUUGGCAUAAGCUUCCUGUAA